AUGUGGUCUUCUAUCGGUCUUGCUGUUUGCCUUAUCCCUCUCGCAGUUGCUGCCCCAGCCCAUGAGAGGCGAGGUACUCCAACUGUCGAGCUUGAAUAUGCUACCGUCGUCGGGUCUAGUCUUCUCGGCGUUGACUCGUUCAAAGGAAUCCCAUACGCAGAGCCUCCAAUUGGCCCAUUACGACUGAAACCACCCCAGCCCAUUACUACCCAUCUCGGGACUGUGCAGGCUACAGGUAUACCUCGAGGAUGCCCACAAAUGCUUAUUGGGACCAACACGGGCAACCUUCCUGAGAACGUUGUUGGGGAACUGCUGAACGAUCAGUUCUUCCAGACUGUGACUGAUGCCGGGGAGGAUUGCCUCACAAUCAACGUCCAAAGACCGUCAUCGGCGAAUGCAGACUCCAAGUUACCGGUCGUUUUCUGGAUAUUUGGAGGGGGGUUUGAACUUGGGUCUACCCAGAUUUACGAUGGUACCGGAUUGAUCUCGACUUCUGUUGCGCAAGGAAAAGAUAUUAUCUAUGUCGCUGUGAAUUAUCGGGUAGGUGGAUUUGGCUUUAUGCCAGGUGCGGAGAUCCUCAAGGACGGAGCAGCAAAUCUCGGCCUGUUAGACCAACGUCUCGGUCUACAAUGGGUAGCCGACAAUAUCGCUCAAUUUGGAGGUGAUCCAUCGAAGGUCACCAUCUGGGGAGAAUCUGCUGGAUCAAUCUCAGUGCUGGACCAAAUGAUCUUGUACAAUGGCAACAAUACGUAUAAAGGCAAACCACUUUUCCGGGCAGGAAUCAUGGAUAGCGGAAGUGUUAUUCCUGCCGACCCGGUGGACUGUCCCAAAGGCCAAGUGGUAUACGACCAAGUUGUUUCCGCGGCUGGAUGCUCCGGUGCAUCAGAUACUCUCGAAUGUCUUCGCAGAAUCGACUACACCACAUUUCUCAACGCCGCGAAUUCUGUGCCUGGAAUAGUUGGUUACAACUCGGUUGCUCUCUCCUAUCUUCCUCGCCCUGACGGAGUUGUCAUGACCGACUCCCCAGAUAUCCUGGUCGAGAAUGGGCAAUAUGCUAAGGUUCCCUUCAUCGUCGGCGACCAAGAAGACGAGGGAACUCUGUUCUCACUCCUACAAUCCAACAUCUCAACCACGGAAGAUUUAGUUAACUAUCUCAGCACAAUCUUCUUCCAUGACGCGAGCAUAGAGCAACUCGAAGACCUUGUCGCCACAUACCCCGACGAUCCCUCCGCCGGCUCACCAUUCAACACAGGCCCGCUAUACGAGCUCUACCCACAAUUCAAACGCCUGGCUGCCAUUCUCGGAGACCUAACUUUUACUUUAACACGCCGUGUCUUCCUCAACAUCGCCAGCAAAGUCUCCCCCGACGUACCCUCAUGGUCCUACCUCGCAUCUUACGAUAAUGUCAUACCGUUCCUCGGAACUUUUCACGGCUCCGAUUUGCUGGCGAUAUAUGGUCUCACGCCUGGCAUCCCGGCUCACACUAUUCAAUCAUAUUAUAUCAGCUUUAUUAAUACCAUGGAUCCGAACGAGGGGACGGUGGGCGAGAUUGAGUGGCCGCAGUGGAGCGAGGGACAGGAGUUGCUGCAUUUAAAAGCCUUGACGAAUUCCCUGCUGCCGGAUACGUUUAGGAAUGAGAGUUGUGCAUAUAUCACUGCUCAUAAAGAUGUGCUACAUAUCUAGGCUUUUGAGCAGAAGGAAUGUAGGACCUGGCUGGAUGUUGGCAAGAAAUAAUGGUUUUGUCACUAGGUAGGCUCGGUAUGCUAUUUUAUAUGCUUGCAGACUAUUAUCUUAAUUUAUCGUGAAUAAUC